CCGUCCCACUGCAAAUGUCUCCUGUGUGAACCGGUCUGGCUGUUAGAUCGUCGCAGGCCCCGGAGACAGCUGACUUCUCUUUUGGUUCCUCUGCUCUGCUCGCAGCUGAAGAUUCUGAAGAUGAGGGUGUGGAUCGUUUUCCUUCUGUGCCUGGCUGGCCACGCCAUGGCUGCUCCUACUGAGGAGGAGGUCAUCGUGGAAGAGCCAGUAACUGAGGAGCCAGUUGUUGAGGAGGUCGAGGUUGGGGCCAACCCAGUGCAGAUCGAGACCGGAGAGUUUGACGAGGCCAUCGAGGUUGUCGAGGAUGUUGUUGCUGAGAACCCCUGCCUGAACCACCACUGCAAGAAGGGCAAAGUGUGCGAGGUUGACGAGAGCAACACCCCCAUGUGUGUCUGCCAGGACCCCUCCACCUGCCCCGCUGCUGUCGGAGAGUUCGAGCACGUUUGCGGCACCGACAACAAGACCUACGAUUCCUCUUGCCACUUCUUCGCCACCAAGUGCACUCUGGAGGGCACCAAGAAGGGACACAAGCUGCACCUCGACUACAUUGGAUCUUGCAAAUUCAUCGAGCCCUGCAUGGACACCGAGCUGAACGAGUUCCCCCUGCGCAUGAGGGACUGGCUGAAGAACGUGCUGGUCACUCUGUACGAGCGCGACGAGGAUAACAACCUGCUGACUGAGAAGCAGAAGCUCAGAGUGAAGAAGAUCUAUGAGAACGAGAAGAGACUGCAGGCCGGCGACCACUCUCUGGACCUGCUGGCCCACGACUUCGAGAAGAACUACAACAUGUACAUCUUCCCCGUCCACUGGCAGUUCGGCCAGCUCGACCAGCACCCCGUUGAUGGCUACCUGACCCACACAGAGCUGGCCCCCCUGCGCGCCCCCCUCAUCCCCAUGGAGCACUGCACCACCCGCUUCUUCGAGCAGUGCGAUGCCGACAACGACAAGUACAUCGCCCUGGAGGAGUGGGCCACCUGCUUCGGCAUCAAGGACCAGGAUGUGGACAAAGACCUCGUCCUCUAAGCUCCUCUGACCAGCAGCAGAAAGACAACUCCUAGUCGCUACUAACGGGACAAGGUGCUGAUCCCUAAAUUAAAAAUCACAGUAACGGUGCUAAUAGCAAAUAAUUUUUUUUUAAUAAUUUUUUUUAUAACAACCUUUCCUACCUAUACCACUAAAAAGAUUAAAAAGAAAGAUGUGCACAGUCUGUACUAACCAUCACGCAAUGUCAUCAUGCAACUUCCAAUUUCCUUGUUUGUGGAACAAAAUGCCCAGUUAAGGCUACUAAAGCUGAUAGACGAGAUAAAACUAAAGACCUCUGGCCGCAGAUGUAAAUGUAUUCUGUUUUUGGAACGGGUUGAAAUGAUUUUGUUAAUGACGAUGUUUUAUAUAUGUGUAUUAAAGAAAUGGUUAGGGUUUGAAUUUGAGAUCAAUUUGACAGAUUAUGAGGAGACAAACUGUAAAAUCAAAAAAUAAAGUUUCUAAAUAAA